CAGUCUAACUCUGGAUACCUGUUGAGAGCAGUGAGGAAAAGACAGAAAGUGAGAAAAGGGAAAAAGUGUGUAACAAGGAACAUCUAUAGAGAGAUAGAGGAGGGAAAGACUGACAGAAGACAGAACACUGGACAUUAUCCACUUGGAAGUCUCAAGGACCACAGAACAGCUGCAGAGCUCCAGACCAGUAGCCCUACCAUCUCCCCAGCAGAGGUCCAGACCAGUAGCCCUACCAGCCAGCCCUACCGUCUCCCCAGCAGAGGUCCAGACCAGUAGCCCUACCAGCCAGCCCUACUGUCUCCCCAGCAGAGGUCCAGACCAGUAGCCCUACCAGCCAGCCCUACCGUCUCCCCAGCAGAGGUCCAGACCACUAGCUCUACCAUUUUCCCCAGCAUGGCUUUCUCCGGGCCGGGAUUCCUCUCUGAGGAUCAGUUCAUCUGUUCUAUCUGCCUGGAUGUGUUCACCAACCCAGUCUCCACACCCUGUGGUCACAGCUACUGUCUGGACUGCAUCUCCACCUACUGGGAUGGAGGAGGAGGGAAGACGUGUGUGUGCCCGCUGUGUAAGGAGAGCUUCAGGAAGAGGCCGGACCUUCACAUCAACCGCACCCUGAAGGAGAUCACCGAGCAGUUUAAGAAGAUGGCGGACGGAUUGGACUGGGGGGCCAUGGUGAUUGAAGGAGGGAUUGAGAGUCAAGGUUGGGGUGGCGGUGGAAAUGAGGGGGUGUCAUACGGGGUUGAGCGUCCUCCGGUCCCUCCAAGACCCCCAGGGAUGGGUGUGAUGCCUGGGGAUUUGUUGUUGGAGAUGAAGACCAGGUUCCAACGACCUUCGAAAUCCAGAACCCCUCCGCCCGUCCUCCACCCCCACCCGCCCACACCCUUCUCCUCCAACACCACCACCCUCUCGCCCCCCGCCCCUCCUGUUGCCCCACGCAGAUACACCCUGAGCGGGCCGGCUGAUUCCUCUGGCGACGCGCCUCUCUGUCCCGAACACCAGAGGGGGCUGGAGUUCUUCUGCCGGACGGACCAGACGUGUGGGUGUGCCGUGUGCAUGGAGGGAGAGCACCAUGGACACCAGGUUAUACCAGCCAAGAGAGAGUGGCUCAUUAAGAAGUCUCAGUUGGAAAUCACAGAGGCGGAGCUGAGGGACAUGAUCACACAGAGAGAAAAGAAGGUGGAGGACAUCAGGACAUCACUGGAGGACAUACAGGCGUGUGCGGAGCAUGAGACAGCGGGCAGCAUGCAUGUGUUCUCUGCCCUGGUGAGCUCUGUGGAGAGGAGCCAGGCAGAGCUGUUGGAGGUGAUAGAGAUGUCACAGCGGGCUGCACAGCACCGAGGACAGACCCUCAUCAGAGACCUAGAGCAGGAGAUCUCUGAGCUGAGGAAGAGAAGCGCCACCCUCACCCAGCUAGCCCAGUCUGACGACUACGUACUUUUCUUUAAGACAUUCUCCACCCCGCCUCAGACCAGGGAUUGGUCGGAUGCUGUUGUGACCUCUGACCUCACCUCAGGGGCGGUGCUUCUGACUGUCAAUCAAAUGGUGGAGCGGUUUCGGGAGGACCUCAAGAGACUGCCGGAGAUCUGUCUGCGUCCUCAACCUCAAACAGAACAAUCCGUGGGGAGAUAUAUUCCAAGGUUGCGUCCUCAACCUCAACCAGACCAAUCUGUGGGAAGAUGUAGUCCAAGUUUGCUUUCUCAACCAAACCAUGCUGUAGGAAGAAAUAGUCCAAAUUUACCUUCUCAAGCAGACCAGUCCCUGGGAAGAAGUAGUCCAAGUUUGCGUUCUCCACCUCCACCAGAACACUCUGUAGGAAGAGAUAGUCCAGAUUGGCUUUCUCAGCCUCAACCAGACCAGUCAGUGGGAAGAAAUCCAAAACCAAAGGUGAGGAGAGUGCAGGAAUAUGCAGUGGAUGUAACCCUGGACCCUCUCACCGCCCACCCCCGCCUGCUCAUCUCUGACGACGGCAAGCAGGUGCGCUGCUGGGACCGCUACCAGCCCGUGCCGGACGGCCCCGAGCGCUUUGACCGUGUGGUCUGCGUCCUCGGGCGCCAGGCUUUCUCUUCGGGACGCCAUUACUGGGAGGUGGAGGUUGGUGGGAAGACGGACUGGGACCUGGGCGUGGCAAGCCACUCCAUCAACAGGAAAGGGAAGAUCAUAGUAAGCCCCGCCCACGGCUACUGGUUCCUGAGUCUCCGGGAUAAGAACGACUACGCGUUCCGAACGGAACCGUCGACAGCGCUGGGCCUCAACCACAAACCCAACCGUAUAGGGAUCUACGUAGACUGUGAUAAGGGACAGGUGUCGUUCUAUAACAUGGACGCUAAGAUGCUCAUCUAUACAUUCACCGACAGCUUCUCGGAUGCCAUUCAUCCCUUCUUCAGCCCUUGCACCAAUAAGUCUGGCAGGAACGAGGCGCCGCUCAUCAUUUGUCCUGUCUCGAUGCCUCUGGUGGACUGAGAUGGGUUUUAGUUGUUUUGUGCAUUCCUAAAGGUAGCUUCCUGUCUGUCCUUGUUCAAUGUUCUUCACUGAGCCAAUAGGACAGGACUGGAUAGGUCAAAGCAAUAUGGUGGAAGCUAUAGCUGAUGCGCCCAAUAUACCCAGAUGUCUCAUGUCAACAUAGGGAAGUGAACAAGGCCAGAAGAGAGGGAACAAUUUUCUGGAAUGAAAUACAGUCUCUUAGAACCAUUCAUAAUGACCUCCUGUGUUCUAUGGAGCUGACCAAUGGAUACUCUGGAUACUGAGUCUGGAUUGGACUGAUCAUUUUGACCAAUACAACCGACUACAGUCCAUCAGUCUGAGAAUGAAGGAUUUCACCAUCUGUCCUUAUCACACGAUGGAUUAAUCUGUCUAUAUUGGGUCAUAUGUGUCUCACAUGGCUCCCUAUUCCCAUUUAGUCUGCUUCUUUGACCAGAGCCCUAUGGGCCCUAUGUAUUGCAUUACUAUAGGGAAUAGUGUGUUAUUUGGGACAUAACCAAAGUCAUACAAAUAAAACGUAUUCCUUGUAUAUUACAAUCCAGUUUUUGAAGGAUGUCCACAAUAAACCAAAUGUAAACUAUGUGGACUGGGAGCCCCCGAGUAAGACCCAGAGACAAACACAAAGACAAAGAAUCCUUUAUGAGCCAGUCAAUUUAGUCAUCGUAUUCUACACAGAGUGGACAAAACUUUAAGAACACCUGCUCUUUCCAUGACACAGACUGACCAGGUGAAUCCAGGUGAAAACUAUGAGCCCUUACAGAUGUUACUUGUUAAAUCCACUUCAAUCAGUGUAGAUGAAGGGGAGGAGACAGGAUAAAUAUGGAUUUUUAAGCCUUGUGACAAUUGAGACAUGGAUUGCGUAUGUGUGCCAUUCAGAGGGUGAAUGGGCAAGACUAAAGAUGUAAGUGGCUUUGAACAGGGUAUGCUAGUAGGUUCCAGGCGCACCGGUUUGUGUCAAGAACUGCAACGCUGCUGUGUUUUUCAUGCUCAACAGUUUCCUGUGUAUAUCAAGAAUGGUCCACCACUCAAUGAAUGGUCUGCCAACUUGACACACCUGUGGGAAGAAUUGUAGUCAACAUGGGCUUGCAUCCCUGCGGAACACUUUCAACACCUUGUAGAGUCCAUGCCCCAACGAAUUGAGGCUGUUCUGAGGGCAAAAGGGGGCUGUGCAACUCAAUAUUAGGAAGGUGUUCUUAAUGUUUGGUACACUCAGUGUAUGUACUGUAUAUAACUAACACCAUCUAAAAAGAAGUCCCCUUGGUUGUGUUGGCCAUCACUAAUGCAGAGUUACUAAUCUUAAACAGAGAGCACAAUGAUCACUGACUUCUGUCCAGAUUGUGUAAAUGGACAUUAAACAUACAUCUAUAAUUACAAUUUAUGGAAUGUGGGGAUCGAACCUACCAUACUGGAUAGCCUGGGGUGAAUGAGACAGAAUACUUGUUGGAAAACUAUAUUAGUGACAGAAUAUAUUUGAAUCAUGUUGUAAUAGGAGUUCAAUUUUAGGCUAAUCUAAUAAAUCAUUGCAUGAAUUUUUCUAAAAU